AUGUCGGAGAUUAAAGAAGCCACGGGGAAUUUCGUGGAGUCGAAUCUGAUCGGAGAAGGGAGCUUCGGGAUGGUGUAUAGAGGCACUCUGGCAGACGGAAGUCGAAUAGCUGUGAAGAGAUUUAAGGACUUUAGGCAGAGAGCAGAAGAGGAGUUCAGCCACGAGGUCCAGGUGAUCAGCAGCACCAAGCACCGGAACUUGCUGCCUCUGAAAGGGUACUCCGUGGGGAUCAUCGACCAAGAUCCAGAGCAGGUUCUGGUCUAUGAUUUGAUGGAGAACGGAAGCCUGGCGGAUUAUUUCUUUAGCUCUACCCGGCCCUGUUUGACAUGGCCACAACGGUUCAAGAUCGUGGUGGGUAUAGCGAGGGGGCUCGCAUACCUGCACGAAGACGCAAAACCGGCUAUCAUUCACAGGGACGUGAAGGCGGCGAACGUGUUGCUCGACGAGGAUCUCAGUCCUUUGGUUGCUGAUUUUGGGAUGGCGAAGUUCAAGACGAAGGACAAGACGCACUACACCACGCGCACCGUGGGCACUCUGGGCUACGUUGCUCCCGAGUACGCGCUCUAUGGGCACCUCAAUGAUAAAAGCGACGUCUUUAGCUUUGGUAUCAUUGUGCUGGAGCUCUUGACGGGCCGUCGGGCUUUCGACUCGCGCACUGAUCGUCUUGAGCACGUCCUCAUUUCUGACUGGGUAGUGGAGAUGAGUCAGAAUGGGAAAUCGGCAGAAAUAAUAGACGAGAGGAUUCGGGAUUCUGGUUGUAAGAAGACUAUGGAGCGGGUCUUGUUGCUGGCUUUGCAGUGCGCUCACCCGCGAGUUGGGUGCAGGCCUUCCAUCUCCAAGGCGCUUCUUAUCCUGGAAUCCAUCGACCACUCUUCGCCAAACAUGAUCUGUGCACUGCAGAGCAUGGAGUUGGACCUUGAAUCGUCGUGCAAUAGCAGAGGCGACUUUACGUGGCUUAUGUCUUCUGAUACGGGUGAUGCGUUCUUUUCCUCCAAUUCUACGUCUACUUCCAAUUCAAGGGAAUUCACAGGUUGA